AUGUUUUGUGCAGUUUUAAGUUGUUCUAGAUGGUUUAAUAAAAGAUUGAAGUUUAUAAUGAAGCAUAAUUGCAGUUCUCAUACUAGCUUCACAUUAAGAGUUGUUUUUGAUUCAAAGUUGAAUGUAUAG